GCCCGACGGAGUGCUCCCUCCCACACUUACAUCUAAACAAGAAAGUUCGCACGGUCAGUACAUACCGACGGGUCGCAGUCGACUCGGACGUGGCCGCACCUUGCAACUUCAGACCUUCUUAUAUACCACCACGUACACCCAGAUUCUGCAAGGAUGGCGGUGAAAACGCAUACCUGGAUUACUCUUUGGUUUAUCCUCACUACACCUGUCAUCUUCUGGGAUGUGGGAUACUGUUUCAUGCGGCCACGGUCCAUGCUCGGGGGAGACCUCCACUGGAUCUGGAAACCGUACGAAAUAUACCAGAAUGUCGAUUAUGUUUAUGGUAUCAAAGCUCUAGAGGAAAACAAUGGGUUCACAAACGCACAGUCUUUCCUCAACGUCGUAGAGACCCUCAUGAAUCUCGCAUACGUGUACUUGGCACACGUCUCGGGCUGGUCCCCCGCCCCCAUCCUCGGGUUCGCAGCAGCGACAAUGACGCUGUCUAAAACCAUUUUAUACUGGGCACAGGAGUACUAUUGCGGCUUCUGUGCCAUCGGACACAACACCUUGUCCGACCUGGUUUUAUACUGGAUUAUACCCAAUGGAUUGUGGAUCGUCGUCCCUAGUCUCAUCGUUGUGAGACUAGGAAAAGAUAUCGCUGCCUCGCUCCACGUCGCGGAGCGCGCUGAGACCAAGGCCGCUUCUGGAAAGCAGAAAUGAUGGGUUCCCCAGACUACCAGAUGAGAUGAAAAUGGUAUUUUUACAUUACUAACCU